CCUCCCUCCCUUCUCCCUAGUCCCCCUCCCCCACCGCCCCCUCCCCCAAUUCUCCAUCCCCUUCUAGUCUGGUCUCGGAGGACCCCGUCCUAGCCCGACCUGUCUCGGCCCGCAGCCUCCGCGAAGCCGUCGGUGCCACUCCCCGCCCAUGUGGGCCCCCGCGGGCUGCCCACGCCUGUCCCCCAGCUCCCGGUUCUGCUGGGCUUUCCCCUCGCCCAGGGUGGCUUUCUGAGCUGCCCGCUCCGUGCCCCUCUCUGCAGCCUCUCCUGCCACUCGGGGCCCCCGUUCCCCCUCCCGGCGGCGGGGGGCUGCCCCCGGGGGGCUGGCGGAGCUGGGCCGCGGGGGCCCCGGGGCCGGCGGUGCCGGGGUCAUCGGGAUGAUGCGGACGCAGUGUCUGCUGGGGCUGCGCACGUUCGUGGCCUUCGCCGCCAAGCUCUGGAGCUUCUUCAUUUACCUUUUGCGGAGGCAGAUCCGCACGGUAAUUCAGUACCAAACUGUUCGAUAUGAUAUCCUUCCCUUAUCUCCUGUGUCCCGGAAUCGGCUAGGCCAGGUGAAGAGGAAGAUCCUGGUGCUGGAUCUGGAUGAGACACUUAUUCACUCCCAUCAUGAUGGGGUCCUGAGGCCCACAGUCCGGCCUGGAACACCUCCUGACUUCAUCCUCAAGGUGGUAAUAGACAAACAUCCUGUCCGGUUUUUUGUACAUAAGAGGCCCCAUGUGGAUUUCUUCUUAGAAGUGGUGAGCCAGUGGUAUGAGCUGGUGGUGUUCACAGCAAGCAUGGAGAUUUAUGGCUCUGCUGUGGCAGAUAAACUGGACAAUAGCAGAAGCAUUCUCAAGAGGAGAUACUACAGACAGCACUGCACUUUGGAAUUGGGCAGCUACAUCAAGGACCUCUCUGUGGUCCACAGUGACCUCUCCAGCAUUGUGAUCCUGGAUAACUCUCCAGGGGCUUACAGGAGCCAUCCAGACAAUGCCAUCCCCAUCAAAUCCUGGUUCAGUGACCCCAGUGAUACCGCCCUUCUCAACCUGCUUCCGAUGCUGGAUGCCCUCAGGUUCACCGCUGAUGUUCGUUCUGUGCUGAGCCGAAACCUUCACCAACAUAGGCUCUGGUGACAGCUGCUCCCCCUCCACCUGAGUUGGGGUGGGGGGGAAGGGAGGGUGAGCCCUCAGGAUGCCGUCUGAUGCCCUGUCAAAUGGUGAGGACUGCAUGGGCAGGGUCUGCCCCUCCCACCCCUCUCUGCCCUGGGAGCCCCGCACUCCAUAUGGAGUUUGGAUGGACACAUGGGCCAGACUCUGAAGCAGCCUCACUCUAACUUCGUGUUCGCACUCCCUGGAAACCCUAGACUGGGACAUAAGCCGAGGCCUAGGAGAGCCGAAACAGUGUCUGUGUUGGAGAGACAGGACUGGCCAGAGUGAGAGACAUUUGGUAAUCUAGGAGGCUCAAAGAGAAGCCAAGCCAGCUUUGUUGUGAUUUGAUUUUUUAAAAACUCUUGUACAAAAAUGACUAAUUCUUCACUCCAAGGGCUGGGCUGUGGGUGGGAAACUGGGAUUUUGGGCCACUGGAUUUUCCCCAAACUUGUCCCCCCUUACUUUUCACUCUAUUUUCCCUUCUUCCUAGAUUCACUCAGAUCUGUAACCACCUUCCUCUUUUUUUUCUUUCCUCUCUUUUAAACCACGCAUUAUAACUUUGAAACCAAAGCUGCCCUAGAGCCUUCUCUGGGGUUUGGGGAAAUGAGGGGAGGGGUCAUGGUUUACACCCUCCCUGUCCCCUAGGCAGAGGGGAAAGAGACUGCUGUUGGGCCCAAGAAGGGUAGGAGGAAAGGUGGUGCUGGCUUUUCGGGGAUGGAAGAGUUAACAUCAAUAUCUAUGCUUUGGCGGGAAGGGUCUUAGUGACAGGAUGGGCGGCCUGGCAGGGAGUGAAAGGACAGCUGCGUGUCCUGAAGGAACUUGAGCUUUAGCGCAGUAUAACAUAGAAGUAUGAAAGGAGGAGAAACCUGGACGCCAGAACAGGCAUAUAGCUGGAGAGAGGCCGGGCUUCGCUUGGGGGACUGACGUGGACAAGCUAAGCACGGGCUGCCCCCAGGCGGCGGCUGCCCCGGGCCCUCGGUUCUCUCCGCUCCACCCCGGCGCCUCCACCCCUCAGCGCCCUCCUUCCGAAGCCGGCUCUACUUCCUCGCACCCGCCACGUGACGCUCCGCCCUUCUCCAAGAUCACAUGAUUUUUCUGUUACAAAUACUUAAAGUGUUCUUCCGCGCUGACGUAGUCCCUACCUUUCGGACCUCCUCUCCAGUCCCUAUUGGUCCACUCAUUCCUGGAACCUAAGCGUUCUGUGCGUCUCUCCAAAUAUAUAUUUCCUUUUUGUUGUCCGUAAUUGCCGGAGACCACCUCCUCUGCUUGGGUACUACUUUGUUUUGGUGUCAACGGCCGCCUUUAGCGUACCAGCACGUUUUGUGAAUAGCUAUCCUUGUAAUUAUCUCUGCUCUUUUUUUCCUCUACGUUACUUCCAAAAAGAACGUUUGGAGAAUCAGGUCUCAAAUUAUUACCAUCUCCUAGCCCUUUUCAUUCCCGGCUUCGUGGGGGGAAGGUUGGGAAAUGGGUUUUCAGUUACUUUCAACGACAGC